AUGUAAAAUCAAAAAACUUGUAUACUGUAGAUAAUUAUUUAUUUUAAAAAACAAUACAUAACUGGAUACCUUUCAAAAAAAAAAGUUAAAAUGAUAUAACAGAAAAAAUAUUUUAAUUAGCUAGAAGAUUUUCUAAACUCCCAUUUUUAGUAUCUAACUUGCCUUCAUAUUGAUUUCAAUAGCAAUUUAAUCGGUUUUGAGGGUUUAAAAAGCUUAUGUCCUGCAAUAGAAAAAUGCAUUAAUCUCUCAAAUUUAACUCUUGGUCUUGAGAACAAUUUAAUUGGUGAAUAGGGAGUUUAAAUAUUAGGCCCUGUUUUGGCAAAUUGCAUUCAUCUUUCCACUUUAAUACUCUAAUUAGGAGGAAAUCAAAUAGGCCCAGAAGGAACAACAGUCUUAGGAUCUUUACUAGCAAAAUGUACUAAUCUCUAAACUUUUGAAAUCGAUCUCUUUUCUAACGAAAUAGGAGAUGAUGGAGCAAAAGGACUUGGUUAAACACUAUCAAGCUUCAAAAAUAUCUCGAAUUUGACUAUUAAACUUGAAUAAAAUAGAAUUGGAAUGGAUGGUGCAUCAGGCUUAUGUUAAGAGUUAGAGAAUUGCAGUAAUCUCUCAAAUUUGACAAUUGUGAUAUUAAUGAAUUAAAUCAGAGCUUAGGGUAUCGCAAGUAUAGGUUCUGCAAUUUAAAAGUGCCCUAAACUUUCCAAUUUAACACUUAACGUUUGCUACUGUAGAAUUGGAAAUGGUGGUGCUUCAGCCCUAGGCUCUUCUUUAUCAAAGUGUACAAAUCUUACAAAAUUGAAUCUAUAUAUUGACGAUAAUUAAAUAAGUGCUUAGGGUGCUUAAGACAUAGGAUCAGGAUUAGCAAACUGCAAAAAUCUUAAAAAUCUGGAACUUUCUUUCUUAGCGAAUUAACUUGAGUCAUAAGGUGCAACAUUUUUAUGCAAUAACUUAACUAACUGCACUAAUCUCUCAAAUUUGACACUUAACCUCACUGGUAAUCAAAUUGGUGCUCUUGGUGCAAAAGUCUUAGGGUCUUUGAUAAGCUCUAUUAAUUUCCAAAAUUUGAGCCUUAUUCUAAUAAAUAACUAAAUUGGUGAUGAAGGUACUUAAGCCCUAGGUUCUUCUCUCUCAAAAUGCACUAAUCUCUAAAAUUUGACACUAAGUCUGGGUUUCAAUUAGAUCAAAGACUAAGGUGCCCUUUAAUUAUGUGAUGAAUUGAGAAGAUGUAUUAAUCUCUAAUUUUUGCUCGUCAAACUCCAGAUGAACGAAUUGAAUACAGAUUCUAAGAUAUUAUCAUCAAAGUUUUUAAAACUUAACUAACUAACAACGAAAAAUAUUGUCUUAUGA